GGACGGACGGAGUACGGACGAGUGAAUUUUGCAUAACAGACAAAAACAGUAUUUUUUCUGAUAUCCGUAAUUAUAAUUUAGUGCUUAGCUUUAAUUUAAACAUCCAUCUUGAAAUAGUAAUCAGUUACUAUAUUCGUGUGUAUAAAUCCUAUUUAUAACUAAGUGACAUCGCUAAGUCGUGUAAAGUAUUUACGUUUCCAUCGAUUUCUGUAAUGUGAUAUUUUUAUAAUAGUGCGUACUAUCGCAAUAUGAAUCUACUCGGUUAUUUGAGUUUGUUAUGUUACCUGGUGGUAAUAUGCCGCGGUUCAGGCACCGAUAUCGCCUUGGAUGCGAAGGCUACUCUGCUUCACCGUAUAGACAGCUUGAACUUGCUGAUUUAUACCUGUCUUUUGACUCUGACGGUGCUCACUAUAUGGGUGUUCAAACAUCGCCGAGUAAGCUGGUUGCACGAGACGGGGCUGGCCGUAAUAUACGGUCUAAUUGUAGGCGCUAUAAUACGCUAUGCGGGCAGUACCAAUGCCGUUACAUACCUUGAUGCCCACCCUGAGCCUGAUGCCAAGUACAAUCUGUCUGUGCCACCAGACAUGAUACGAUUUCACUUUCCAGACACUAUUCAUAUACCAUCAGGAGAGGUUCCAAUACUAAAUAAGACUUAUGCAUAUAGCUUUAGAGGUGAAAUCGUAAAAGUUGAACAAAAUGAAAUAGACUUAAAGGCAACAUUUGACCCAGAAAUCUUUUUUAACAUUAUUUUGCCACCAAUAAUAUUCCAUGCAGGAUAUUGCUUAAAACGGAAAUAUUUCUUCCGAAACUUGGGAGCCAUACUGACAUUUGCUAUGGUGGGCACAGCCCUGUCAGCUCUAGUCAUUGGUGCGCUAAUGUACGGCUGUGUUCAACUGAUGCCAGCGUCCCUAGCUUCUAGCUUUACUUUUCUUGACACCCUAUACUUCGGUGCAUUGAUUUCUCCUACGGACCCACUUACGGUGCUAGCUAUAUUUUCACAAUUGAAGGUGGAUGUAAACCUUUAUGCUAUGAUAUUUGGUGAGAGUGUUCUCAAUGAUGCAGUGGCUUUGGUACUUAGCGGAGCCAUUCAAAAUUACGAGAAGAGGUAUUCAAAUGAUGGUGGAUUUGAAAUCACAGCGUUUUUGGGUGCGAUCGGUGACUUCAUUGGGAUCUUCAGCUUGUCUCUACUUGUCGGUGCUUUCAUAGGGUGCUUGACUGCAUUGAUGACUAAGUUCACCCACGUGCGAGAGUGGCCGCUGCUGGAGUCGGCGCUUUUUGUUCUCAUGUCCUACGCUGCCUUCCUCAUCGCCGAAGUAUGCGAACUCACAGGUGUGGUGGCGGUAUUAUUCUGCGGGAUCUGCCAAGCUCAUUACACGUACAACAACCUGUCGUCGGACUCGCGCAACCGCACCAAGCAACUGUUCGAGCUGCUCAACUUCCUGGCAGAGAACUUCAUCUUCACCUACAUCGGCGUCUCCAUGUUCACCUUCCCGAAGCACCACUUCGACCCGUGGUUCAUUAUUGCGGGAUUUAUAACAUCGACUCUGGGCCGCGCCGUGAACAUUUACCCUUUGUCCUUCUUGCUGAAUCUGGGCAGGAAGCCGCCCAUACCCAUGAACUUCCAACACAUGCUGUUCUUCUCAGGUCUCCGCGGCGCGAUGUCAUUUGCCCUCGCGAUCCGCAACACAGUGUCGGAGGCUCGACAAGCCAUGCUGACGACCACGUCGCUCAUCGUCAUCGCAACUGUCGUACUGCAGGGCGGCGCCGCCACGCACGCGCUCGCCUACCUCAGGAUACCUACUGGAGAAGGCCAGAAUGACGAAAACGAAGCGCUGCCCUACCGCGACGUUAGAAGUCUGUACCAGGCCACGGAAACCGGAGGCUCGCCGGCGGACAUAGGCUUCGGCCUUCGAAAUCUGGACCCGACGCAACCGGCCAGUAGCGACCGGGCAUCAAGAGGCCGCAUGGUAGUUAAGUGGGGCAAUGGAGACAAAGGAGUGGUUAUGCCUUGGCAACUUAACUAUUACGAAGAGACGUCUCGCGCUGACGGUGGCAGCGAAAAGGCGCGCCUAGCAAAGCUGUGGGGCGCAGUGGACUCACGGCUGCUCAAGCCGCUCCUGACCCACGCUCGCCCGCCGCUGACUGAGACAUUACCGACGUUCAUGAGCCCUGUGGCGCGUUGGCUCACCACCACACACCAGUACACGCAGGGGUGUCUGUUCAAUUACAAAUUUGUUGUACCAGAAGAGGAUUCUGGUUUGGCUCGAAACCAGGACAACUCUUUGCGUCGGGCAGACUCCGACUCCGACUUGUGUAUUAAUGAACCGCAACCCGUACCUACCAGUAUUGAUCCCCAGCUACCAAUUAAUGUUCGGAACGGAUUUGGGCAUGUCUAAGCUUUGUUGCGUUCGUUAGUGACCUUCGGCUGUGAUAUAAAAUGGUCUAGAUUAAAUAGAAUUUAAGUUAAUAGGAAAAAAAUGUUUAAUUAUUGCACGCAGCAAAUGUGGCCCGGACUCGUCGACACUCGGAUCUCGGUAGAAGGUAUCACGGGGAGCAACAUCUGAGCAGGUUGAUUAUGUACAAGAAAGUAAAUGAGUGCCACAAGUGUAAUGAAUGUGAUAUCACUUUCAAGUUAAGAUGAAUUUUACUAUUCGAAAAUGUUUGCAUGUAUGAACCAAAAUAUGUAUCAAACAGCUUAAGUUUGCUUAGUGUAUAUUGUAGUUUUCUAUUCUAAAUUUAUACAAUUUCGAUAAGCAUAACGGAACCGAACUAAUGUAUUGAAAAAUGAGAUCAAAACAAUGCAAGUAUUGUCUUAAAAAUGAACCCCUCUGCUAAGUAUUUGUGCCGUUUUCAAUUCCGUUUUCCGGUACUUAUUGUCGGUUGUCAAUAAGGCGCUAUUUCCAUAAAGUUUCAAUUUGAAAUCAACCUUAUCAACAACCGACAUUGCGGUACCUUUUAGUUGAAAACAUCACAUUUAUCAUUAACGACCUUGCUAUCGCUAGCCACCUGCUGUGACGUUUCCGUUAGAUACGUAGGAUUUUCUUGCAGGGUGCAAUUUUAUAGCUAGUUCAAAUUUUAAUUACCUAUUAUAUCGCCAGAAUCUCGUAAUGUAUGUCGUUCCUUCUGGCACUAUUUCCUAGUUUAUUAGCAUGUAUUUAUUGUCCAGUGACUGAUGUGAUUCGCGGUCCAUAAAACUGGGCGUAUGGAAUAAACCAUUCAAUAUUUUGCCCGGAUCAGACAAGCUAUCAGAGGUGUCCCAGGUAAUACCAGGAGUUUGAGGGAACUUUUUAUGGAGCCUGGUCCAAAAACCAACAGAAAUGAUAGUUACGUCAUUAGAUAUGUAUUUCUAUAUACUUCAUUUCGUUCUAUGCACACCAAGCGGAAUUCCAUUGCAGAACUGAGAUAUUGGUAUUUAGUCAACUUGUCGGCAUUAUUACCUAGGCAAUAGAGUCCAAGUAAGUAAAUUAAUUGCUGCAGGGAUGUUCGCGCACCGCUAGGCGAUCGCGGCGAAUGGUUUGCCGCGCUCGCCCGGCGGUGGACUUUAUUGCGUAUGUAAAUAAAGGAGGACGACAUUUUGACUAAAAUCCCAAUAUCUCAGCUCUGCAAUGUAAUUUCGCUUGGUGCCCAUAGAACGAAAUGAAGUUCAUAGAAAUACCUAUUAUCUAAUGACCUAAUUCUCAACUCUGUUGGUUGGACCAUUUUGGCGCAUAGUCCUUUCAGGCUGAUCAGAGCUGUAAGCCCUCCAUAGCUAUUGUACACGAAAGAGUAGGACCGUGCUAUAGAAGAAUAAAUUUAUCAACUCAACUACUGUAUGAUUAAUAUUUAAAUAUUAAAUUUAAAUUUACUUGCAGUUUUUUGUACACCUCUAGGUAACCAUAAAAAUCUUGUCUAGUCCGGAUAUUCAGUUUGAGUGACUUGUUUCCUUGACCUGGCAAAACAGAUCUAAUGAAUACAGGUUUAUUUUUAGACUAAGAUGUGUGUGGUAGGUACCACGUAUUUAUGAUAAUAUAAAUAUUUUAUUUUCGUUAUUGGAUAUAAAUUUCCUGUAUUUUUUUAGUCUCUUAGCGAUUCACGUAACUAUGUUGUAAACAAUUUAUACUUUAAAAAGUUCUUGUUAAGGUUUGAAAAACCAUUCUUAAAUAUAUGUAAAUUUUAUAUUAUACACUGAAUACUUAUUGUGUUUUGCUUUUUUUUUACAGGACCUUUAUACUAUGUACAUAUAUGUUUUGCUUCAUAGUGUGCAUUUCGGAUAUUAGAUCUUAAUAAAUACUUUCUCGUAGUUAAGGCAUUUAAAGCUGUCUGUAAAUUAUGAAUGUCAUAAUAUUAGGUAUGCAAAUGCUAGUUUACCCAGUUGCACAAACAAUCGCAUGAUAAACACUUUUCAUUUUGUGUCACAAAUUUGACACAUUGACAGCAAAGCAAGUGUAGUUUUUGCAACUUGGUAAAUGGACAAAUUAUUAUUAUGUUCCCCAGUGAAUGAGGUUAAACAUGCAAAGCUCAAAACAGAUUGCACUGUUAUUGAAUAGGACCUAACUGACAGAUACACUGGACAGCUUCCUUGGAUUCGAAUGUAAGAAUACAAAUUUAUAAAACUAAUUUCUUGUGUAUGGAGUUUAGAAGGUAGUAUAAGCACAUACCACGCGCUCUCUGUUGUGAGCUAUUGUCAGGUUCGACCCCAUUGUUUCUUUUUCAUAUUAUUAAGUUAUGUGGAAACAACCCUGUCACUGUCAUAUUUUGUGACAGUAUAAAAUAAACCUUAAUGCAUUAUAUGUCAGCUAAAGGGUAUAAAGGUAUUUCACUCCUUUUGACGUAUUUAUAGGUGUAAUAAAAUGUGACUUGAGA